UCUUGAACGGAUCUUGCUACGUAAAUAUUGAAUUAAAAACAAUGGAAAAAAGAUUAAUGAGAUUCAACCCUAAAUCUUGCCGUGUGACGAGAAAUGAAACUGCAACGAAAUCUGACGCUGAACAAAUAUCAAAAUUACGUGCAUCGCAAUCGCCCAUCGCCAUCUCCCUGCAACGUUGCCCGACCUGGACAUCACUCGAACCGCUUCGCUUCAACGGAUACUGGGACAACAAAGGCAACGGAGUGUUGCUUAACAACGGCCAAACUGCAUACUUCACAUUCGACACUCCAAAUCGUCCAAGACUCAGCGGCGGGCCUCUCUGCGGAGAAUAUGUCUUUGAGCAGAUGCAUUUCCAUUGGUCGGUUGAUGACUACACUGGGUGCGAGCACGUACUCGAUGGACACGGAUAUGCGGCAGAAUGUCACUUGGUUCACUACAACCGCAAGUACCAGUCAUUGGAAGCAGCGGUAGGUCACCCAGACGGACUCGCCGUAGUGGGUUUCCUCCUCGAAGCGGUAGACGCUCCCAACCCAAGAUUCGACACGCUCGUCGAGGGUAUACAGGGUAUUAAGAUGAGAGACCAGACUGUGCAGGUUACUCCUGAUUCUUUAGCAUGGAUGGAGCGCGAUGAUCUGUACGAAGGUACUUACGUAACCUACAAAGGUUCGCUCACAACGCCACCCUACACCGAAUGCGUCACCUGGAUAAUUUACGAGAAGCCUGUACAGAUUGGCACCGAACAGAUGGAUCUUCUCCGGCAAUUGGAAGGAUCGAACAGUCAGCCUAUUGAACGCAACGUGAGACCCACCCAGCGCCACCCACCUGGUCACUCCGUUAUCUACGUAAAACAAGCCAAGGCGAAACUAUGAGAUAAACUAAUGCAUUAUAUUGCUACUGACAAGCCGAUAUUUCUUCAUAAAAUACUGUCAAUUGCUUAUUACGUUUGUAACAUUUUAUUAUUUGUGAGCUAUUAUUAUGUAAAUACACGGGUCCAAUACAUAACAUCUAUUGUAAACAAAUAUGAAUUUGGUGUUCUACUUAUGUAUGUAUUUAAAUUUUAUAUCCAUAUAUGUACAUGCUGAGUGCUGAGUGAUUCUUAAAAUCACUGUUAGAGAAAAUUAAUAUUGAUUUAUUAUCGUAACUACGAAUUGUUUUGAAAGAUU